UCAGACUGGUCAGAACCUUUUAUUGCUUCUAAGUUGUCAUUUGUUUCUCGCGCCGUGCGCAUGUUUGUGAAAACAAUAUGAAAUACUUUAAUUUAGUGGUUUUGCUCUUAUUAGUAUUUUAUACUGUUGAAGCUGAAGUGAAAAGCUUGAGUGUACCUCCGAAGGUCGUGGCAUGUAAUUUCUACAAGGCAAAACUAUCACAGUUGAAGUCUGCCGGAUUAUCUCCCCAAGAAGCAACUAAGCUCGAACUCGAAAUAAAAAAGAAUAUUAAAAUGUACUGUGAAGACCAGUAAUAAACGGAAAUAUUGAGGCCGAGACCGUUUCGGUGCCCGGCUCACGCUUGCAAUGCAGUUACUACAGAUCUAAGUUGACCGAAGUCAAUAGAAAGCUGGCCAGCUCUUCAGGCACCCAAGAAGAUAAAAACCAAAAAACAAUGCUAUUACAACAGAUGAAACAGUAUUGUAAGCUUUAAACGAAUAUAGAAAGACUAAAAUGUAUGUUUGUUACUUCGCUUCAAGAUGUUAUUUUUAAGAAAAAUACAUGGUUUUUGGUGAUUUUUGUCGUUUUAUAGAAUAAACCAAAUCACGUUAAGGCAUUUUCCUAACGAUUCAAGCAGAGCCGUAUUCAGACUUCGCUAAAGUAUUUGGGACACAAAACGCCUAUCUAAUGCCACUCGGUUAAAUAGAGGCCGACGCGACGCCAAUAUUGUAGGGAAAAGGCUAGGCAGAUGAUGAUUAAGGUUGAACAACAUUUCUGAACGAAACAUCGGCAUCUGGCAACAUUGCGGUCAAGUGACAGAGACAGUUAAUUUGUCAAUUAAUCAAAACGUCAAGUCUUCUCAAAUUUGGGAAAUAGCGUGUUUUCCUAAAUUUCAUUGAUUUCGUUCACAUUACAUCUCCUCUGCCUGUUUCAAAUAUGUCUGGCCGUGAAGGUGGCAAGAAGAAGCCCCUAAAGGCACCAAAGAAAGAGUCUAAAGACCUUGAUGAGGAUGACCUAGCCCACAAACAGAAGUUGAAAGAGCAGCAGAAGGCCCUACAGGAGGCGAAAGCAAAGGCUUCACAGAAAGGUCCUUUAGCGACUGGAGGUAUCAAGAAAUCGGGCAAAAAGUGACACAACUACUUUAAACUUAACUUAUAGGCUAUAAAUUCUAAUGUAAGAAUUAUUAAAAAGAUCUUUGUUGUUUUAAUUUGAUUUUAUAUUACAGCAUAAACUAUGGAUAUUGACUAUCAUGUAACUUCCAUGUAACUGCGUACUGCCACAAUUAGGCCCAAGUAAACGUUUAUAACUUACAUACAUACCAAACUUGUAACAUGCAUUUUAUAUAAAUAAAACAUUUAAUAUCGA